GGGUGGCUUGAUUUGUGUUGUCGAAACUUGUUCUUUAGCUAUUAUCCUGAACCCUAAUGAGUCAAUUUUAAUCAAAAAGCGGCUCAAAAUGGGCCUGAUGACGGCCAGACCUUUUAAAGAUUCAACGAACCGACGUGGGGUGUACACUACACAUCCUGUAGUUGAUCUUAGGGUUUAAGGUAUUGACACCGGGGGAGGAGCACUUGCUCACAUCGUAGCGUUCCUCGCUGAAGGUUUUAUCUGCGAGGUUCCAGGAAAUGCGUUGCUUCGUAGUUAGUCAAACAAUGCACACGACAUUCCAAUGGUAGAAAGAAUACAUCGAUACACAGCGUCCCUUUUGAUUGAUUGAUAUAUUUAAAUUCAUUCCAUCAACAUGAGCACCCCGGUCAAUGCCAGCCAGUAUGUCAACAUGGCUCGGGGCCUGGCGUCCUCUCCCGACGCAUUGGAGGCAGGUGCGGUAGCCAAAGCCACGGCCAAAGAGAUUCAAGAAGAAAUCACGGGCGAUGGUGCCUGGUCACUACGUGUCUUAUCCUUGAUAGCCGGUGGAGCCAUGAUGCUGGCAUCCAUCAGUGGAUUCAUGAGAAAGUUUGUCACCUUCGAUUGGGAUUCGGCUGCCCUGGAUAUCAUUGUCUUUGUGGUGGGGUUGGGAGUGGUAUUGGUGGAAUCGGGUCUUUUGGUCAAGUUGGAAUCGUGCUCAUCCACCAAUGCUAUGAUCAAUAACAAUGCUCCCUUUCUGAGAAAUCUCUACGGCCGAGGCACUAUAUUUAUCGUGACUGGCUUUAUUGAGGUAUAUAUGCGAGGCACGUUUGAUAUGAUUGUUGGCUUCUUUGCUAUUUACGUAGGUCUCAUGUACAUUUGGACGGGUAGACGUGCCAAGGACAAAAUGGCCGAAGUACGAAGCAUGGCAUGGCAAAACAACAAAUUCAGCAUGGAAGAGUUGCAAGAAAAGUAUGCCAUGGCAGAUGUCGAUGGAAAGGGAGGCCUCACGUUGAGUCAAUUCCGACAAUUCACAGCUAAUCUUGGCAUGAGCCUGGACAAGAAAGAAUCGGAAGCAGCCUUCAUGUACAUCGAUAAGAAUCAUGAUAGUCGAAUUGGUUACGAUGAAGUCCACAGGUGGUGGUCCAAAGGACAGAACAAGAAGUAACUUGAAGAAGUGAAAGGAGUGAGGAGUCUUGUAGGCAGCCUGAAGCAGUGGCAGGAUGAAGUUUUCUUGACAACCAACAAUGUACCCGAGUAUUGUUUUGUGUACGAUUAGCACCAAUGUAU